AGGAGGAGGAAGGGGGAGGCUUGGGCCCCGGAGGACGGGGCGGGGGGGCCUCUCGCAUGGACCUGGAGCCGGACGGUGGCCAUGGGGCAAGUCCUGGGGUUUGCCCACUGCAAAGAAUCUCCUUCCACCGCCUCCACCACACCAGACUCUACAGACGGUGGCAACGACGAGUCCGACUUCCCAGAGCUGCAGACGGCGAGGGAGUUUUCGGAGGACGAAGAGGAAGAGGAGGCCUCAGUGGAAUGGGGCACCCCGAGGGAGCUGACCUUCUCGUACAUCACCAUCGCGGCCCCCAAUAGUGGAGGAGGAGGGCCGCCUUUGGGGGACCCAGGGCCCCGAAACCGGAGGGACUCCCAGGGCCGCCGGGCACGGGCCCCUCUCCCCCGGACGGAGACCUGCGAGACCUUUGUGCCGGCGCUGGGGGACAGUUUGGAGAACAUUCCCAGCCUGUGCCCGUCCCCCGAGGCUGGUGGGCCAGGGCUGGACCCCUUUGAGGGAUGGGAAGCCCACUCCGGACAAGUGGACGCCGACAAAGUAGGAGAGGAGCAUCUCAUAUCUCAACCUCACAGCCCUGCAGUGCGGGCCGAGGAAAGCGGGCAAUGCAGCAGCAGCGAUUCGUCCUCAGAGACGUCCCUGGGCGACCUCCCGCCACUGGAUGUCUCGGAUCCCGAACUGGAAGAAGGGGGACCGAAUAUCGCCGGAAGUGUCCACCUCCGCCUAUUGACCUCGACUCUUGAGCUUGACCAUUGUCCAUCCCUGGACGAUAAAGAAGAGGAAGGAGAGGCGGGACUGAGCUGGGAGCCAAUCACAGAGCAGCAUCAGGCGGAAGCGGACCAAUCAGAGAGCCCGCUGGAAAUAUGCAUCUUAGUGGCGGACCUGGUGUACUGGCGGGACACGCGUGCCUCGGCCUGCGUCUUCACGGUGCUGAUGGUGGCCCUGCUCUGCCUGCUGCACUUCAGCAUCAUCAGCGUGGCGUCCUACGUCUCCCUGGCCACCCUGGCCGUCACCAUCUCCCUCAGGGUCUACAGCAAGGCGCUCCAGGCUCUCCACCGGGGAGAGGGAAAGAACCCCUUCCAGGCCCAGCUGGAUGCCGACUUUGGGCUGUCGAAGGAGCAGCUGGAGCGCCUGACGGAGCGGGUGGUCUUCUACGUCACGUCCGGCACCAAGUCCCUCCAGCGCCUCUUCCUGGUGGACGACAUGGUGGAGUCCAUUAAGUUUGCAUUCUUCUUCUACAUCCUCACAUACGUCGGAGCGGUUUUCAAUGGUCUGACUUUGCUUAUACUGGGUGUGAUAAGUGCAUUUACCUUCCCUCUACUGUACCGGCAACAUCAGGCACAGAUCGAUCAGUAUGUAGGGCUGGUGAGGAAUCAGUUGAGUAACCUCAGAGCAAAGAUGCUGGCGAAGCUGCCGACAGCCAAAGCGAAAGCGGAAUGAAUGGCACCCUUCCCGAUGCACACAUUUCUCUCCCUCCUUUCACCCUUCCAUCCUUCCACACUGCCUCAACCAUCUUUCUAUUCAGAAACAGGGCCCAAGGAAACUAGAUCUCCCAUUUUCCCCAACCUUUGCGUGAUGUCCACCUCGAGGCCAGAGAAAACAAUGUUGUAGAAUGGAUGCAGUUUGACCUCACUUUAGCUGCUCUUCUUCACCGCUAACAGAACACUGGGAGUUGUAGUUUGCAUUGAGGACUUUGUGAAACUAUAGCUUCCAGGACAAAUUUUGUUACAUAAUGUAGU